CGCGGGGCCCGCACGUGGAGGCCGGCGCGGGGGCGCGGGCAGGGCCGGCUGCUGAGACGCGCUGCUGCCCCCCGCGCGGGCGCCGCGGCUUCAAUGGCGCCAUCGCCCAGGACCAGCAGCCGGCAAGAUGCGACCGCCCUGCCCAGCAUGUCCUCAACUUUUUGGGCGUUCAUGAUCCUGGCCAGCCUGCUCAUCGCCUACUGCAGUCAGCUGGCUGCCGGCACCUGUGAGAUUGUGACGCUGGACCGCGACAGCAGCCAGCCGCGGAGGACGAUCGCCCGGCAGACGGCUCGCUGCGCGUGCAGGAAGGGGCAGAUCGCGGGCACCACCAGAGCCAGGCCCGCCUGCGUGGACGCACGAAUCAUCAAAACAAAGCAGUGGUGUGACAUGCUCCCUUGUCUGGAGGGGGAAGGCUGUGACUUGUUGAUCAACCGGUCAGGCUGGACGUGCACGCAGCCCGGCGGGCGGAUAAAGACCACCACGGUCUCCUGACAAACGCAGCCCCACAGGGGCCCCAGGAGUGACUUUGGCUCCCUGGAGAGGCCACAAUCCUCAGUCGGUCGUGGAUGCCACCCACCCUCUGCCACCCGCCCACCCUCCGCUUCUCUAGCCUGUCAAGGACAGCCUGCUUCCUCGGCCACCUGAGCUGAGUCUGUCUGGCCUCCCCGAGGAGUCAGUCCUGGGACAUACAGCAGGGCUGCGCCACCGGGCGUCCCUGGAACCUGGCCUGGCCACCCUCCCGGCCGCAGACAAGGAGGCGGAGGCAGCUGCAGCCCAGCCAGCCCGAGAGAGGAGGACAGCGCCGGGCCCAGGGAGGACUGAGUCUCGGGCGCAGAAGUGGCCUCUCCUUGUGCCCCAGACUGUCCGAAUCGCUUUUAUUUUCUUAUCCUUUCAGUAUAUUCAAUAGACCAAAGAGCAAAAUCUAUUUUAACGCGGACUCGUACUUACCAUCAGAGUCCCUGGGUUCGACUGGGGGGCACGGGGGCAGAGAAACGCUGGAGAGGCACCCAGCCCACGAACGCUGCGGGGCCCCCGAGCAGCCGGAGGAUGCGGCCGGAGGACACAGGGCCGGCGAUGGACCCGCAUGGACCCCGCGGGUGCGCCUGGCCGGGAGCACAGCUCGCUGUGCACACCUGCUCCUCUGUACUUAGAUGGACUUCCUCGUACUAAAAUCACUUUCUGUUUUAACCAGUUAAACACGCCUCUCUGCAGCUCCAUUCUGAUAGUGGGAUAAUCCAGGAUUCGCCAAGAGCAUGUCGGGUCUCCCAUGACUGCUGUCUCAUCCGAUCACCGUUUAGCUCCAGAAAGCAAAUUAAAGAAAGCGAAAGUAACACUUGUUUGAAAGAGAUCAUUAAAUGUAUUUUGCAAAGCCGAAA